GAAAAGUAAUAGGAAAAAAUGGAAAGCUGAUUCAGGAGAUAGUGGACAAAUCUGGUGUUGUAAGAGUGAGAAUUGAGGCUGAAAAUGAUAAAAAUAUUCCACAAGAGGAGGGAAUGGUACCAUUUGUGUUUGUGGGAACCAAGGAUAGCAUCACUAAUGCAACUGUUCUUCUGGAUUAUCAUCUUAAUUAUUUAAAGGAAGUGGACCAGCUGCGUUUGGAAAGAUUGCAAAUAGAUGAGCAGCUUCGACAGAUUGGAGCUACUUCUAGGCCACCACCAAAUCGUACAGAUAAGGAAAAAGGGUACAUGACUGAUGAUGGUCCAGGACUUGGACGUGGUAGUCGACCUUACAGAAACAGAGGACAUAGCAGACGUGGUCCAGGCUAUGCUUCAGGAACUAAUUCUGAAGCAUCAAAUGCUUCUGAAACAGAAUCUGAUCACAGAGAUGAACUUAGCGAUUGGUCAGCAGCCCCAGCAGAAGAGGAGCGAGACAACUACCUUCGCAGAGGAGAUGGGCGAAGACGUGGAGGUGGUGCAAGAGGGCAAGGAGGGAGAGGUCGCGGAGGAUUCAAAGGAAAUGAUGAACAGUCACGAACAGAGAACCGUCAGCGUAACUCGAGAGAAGCAAAAGGGAGAACAGCGGAUGGAUCUCUUGAGAAUACCUCCAAUGAAGGUAGCCGGCUGCGCACGGGUAAAGAACGUAAUCAGAAGAAAGAGAAAACGGACAGCGCAGAUGGUCAACAGCCGCUUGUGAAUGGAGUACCCUAAACUGCAUAAUUCUAAAGUCAUAUUUCCUAUACGGUUUCAGUAAUUCCUAUUCCAUGUUAGAGAAACUUGUUAGGCCAAAGACAAAUAGUAGGCAAGAUGGCGCAGGGCAUGAAAUGAACAUAUGUUCUCUGUUAGCCUUUUUUAACAUCAACAGUAUGCAGUUGUUUUCAGAAUAAGAAGUUAUUCAAAUAUUUGCAUAAAAAUAUCUGAAUUUCCGAAAAUCGCUUUCAAGUACUUAUUGCAGUUCAAACAAUGAAAGAUUCUUUUUUUGUUUGUUUUAAAAAUACUGAGCUGUGCAUUGGUAAAUUUUCUGUUCAGUUGUACCAUUUUAACACAUCGGGUCAAAUUCACUGCUCAAUUUCAAUUUUCAGAAUAAAUAGUGUUUGCAGUAAUCAAAUUGGCUUCUGUUUUCAAUCUAACUUACAAGUUCUUCAUAAAAUGUUAUGUCGUUUUAUGUCCUGUGUCAGUUCACAUUCUGGUCCACCUUUUUCAAUAUUUUAGUGGACCCUGAAAUAUGUGUGAUGUAACAAUUGUCAUUUACAUUAGCAAAAAAGUUGUAUGAUCUGUGCCUUUUUUAUAUCUUGGCAGGUAGGAAUAUUAUAUUUGGAUGCAGAAAUCAGGGAAGACGAGUUGGUAACACUAAAUGUAAAAUAUAUGUAGCAAUCCUUGUCAGACGUUAGUACUUUAUAGACAAGUGCAUGCUUUCCAUAAUUUUUUCCUUACAUAAACAUUGAGUUAGGCAGUUAUAAGAAUAGGAAAUUUAUUUUGCACUGAGGAUUUGGCAAAUAGUGUUAUUGAAAAAGGGGUGUAAUUUUUUUUUUCUUUGUAGGCAGUACAGAAGCUUUUUUUUUAAAAAAAAAUAAAAAAUAAAAAAGAUCUUUCCAUUGUGGAAAACUAAAAAACUCAUUGUUACUGGGGGAACAAGUGUAAUGUGUUCACAAGCUAGUAAUGUGUGCCUGCUGUUUGGCCAGAUGACCAGUUUAAAGCGCUGAUGUUUUUCAUCUUCCCAAAAUUUUUUUAAUUGCUUGCUUUAAUUUGGGGGCUAUCUCAGGAGAGCUAGGUAGAAAAUCACCACGUGUAAUGCCCUGGAAAGUACAGAUCUAGUCGUCGGAGAUUAUUGGAGGUAGAACAAAUUCAUCAUGUUUUGAGGUACAAGGUCUGAAUUAUGAGCCAAUUAAAAGUGUCACAGAAGUACAGCCGUACACCACGGAAGGGUUGGAAGUGAUAGUAGGAGCUAUGCUUUUUUUUUAUUUCUGGUCACAUGUAAAAGUUACUGGACAAAACUGUAUAAGGACCUUCAUUUUAUUCCAUUUUUAUUCAGAUUACUCCAGAAGGAGAGCCACUCUGUAUGUACAGAAUUGUACAAACUUGAUCUUGCCUCUGAUGUAUUUUGUGAGUUUCUUUGCUUUUUUUCAUUCUUCUUUUUUUUUCCUUGCAUACAGGUGAGCAUACUAAAAAUGGCAACGAACUGCACAUGAUUUAACAAAUAUAAAAAUGUCUUAAAAAGUAUUGCCAAACAUUAAUGUUGAUUUCUAGUUAUUUAUUUUGGGAAUGUAUAGUAUUUGAAAACAGAAAUUGGUACCUUGCACACAUCAUCUGUAAGCUGUUUGGUUUAAAAUACUGUAGAUAAUUAACCAAGGUAGACUGACCUUGUAAUGUAACUGCUCUUGGGCAAUAUUCUCUGUACAUAUUAGCUACAACAGAUUGGAUUUUAUGUUGACAUUUGUUUGGUUAUAGUGCAAUAUAUUUUGUAUGCAAGCAGUUUCAAUAAAGUUUGAUCUUCCUCUGCUAACUGAUGUUGAUGCAAUCCUUAUAAAUGAUUGCUUUUAAAAAUCUCAGCUUACAAAAAGUAGAGAGAAAAGUAUUUCUUUGUUUAGACUUUAACUGUAGCCUUUGUUUAUUUACACGUUUUAGAAGACUUCUAAAAUAUUAAGUUUUCACAAAUAUGGCACAUAAUGCUCAAGAAAACGCAAUCUCAUUAUGAAAUGGUACGGUACCUGUUGAGUUAUCACACUACAUGCACUAUAUUUCUCAUUCAGUGGUGGAGGUCACUGCGGUGCUAACCUAGGUUAAAUGUGAAAUUACUAAACUAGUCUGACUAAUUAGCUGCAUUCCAUUUUCAAGUGGAUUUUGGGCUUAGGACCUUUUUCAGUAUUUGUGUGCUUAACAUGUAUCCCUUUCAAUUCAGAUUUCAGUGUUUUUAAAUGUUAUUAAAUUUCAACAAAUUAAACUGUGAAUCAAAAUGUACAAUUUUAUUUUGAAACGUCAUGUUACAGAACUUGAAAGUGCAACAAAUGUCUGAUGCUUGAGUUCAGGUCCGUCCUAUUGGUAACUUAUAAAUUAUGGUCUAAUGAAUUAAAAUUAUUUUUAAAAUAAAGUUCUUUAAAAAGACUGAGAGGUAUUUGUGAAUGAUGCCAAAGUCUAAAUUCAGUAGCGUUAAGCUCAGAGCCUAUGAAGUAACAAAUACUUACGAAAAUAGGAAGUUCGUGUUUUCUUUGCCUACUAAAUGCAUUUUUGCUAAUGAUGGUGGGAGGUUAAGAUUUUCUGAGUUUGUGUAAAACCCUAUCAAGGAAAAA